AUGCCUAUCAAAUGUAAAUUUUGUGAAGAUGAUUUUUUUUUCAAUAAAUUAAACUCAAAACACUAUGUGAAAAAACUCAGAACAGAUGAACCGUCAGAAAUUAUAUUGAUCCCUGAUUCAGACGACGAAUUGAUCCCUGAUUCAGACGACGAUGAACUGCCACCUCUCAAAACCGUGUUAGAAAACAUAAAAACUUUCACUGAACAGAAAAAUAACGAAAAAUAUGAUGUAGAGUUUAUCGAGAUACAUGAUGAAACCACGGUUACAAACAAUAAUAAUGAUGAUUUCACAUAUAUUAACAAAGAUCGUUCUCUUAGAAUCAGUAAGGAAAAAAUACAAGCCAAGUUAAAGAACUUGAUGAGAAGACUCAAAGGCAAAAAGGUUACCGAACAAAUCAUCGAUAUAUGUAAACAUAAAGAAAAUUAUAAGUACUACAAAAAGUUCGAAUCACUAUCCGAAUGGCAACUUUGCAAACCACUCGCCAUGCUACAUCGAUUCAAUUAUUUAGUUUCUGGAUAUUAUGGAAUGAAAGGUUUUAUGAUAAUACACGAAUAUUUGAUAAAAAACACAAAUGUGUGGGAACCUGAAUUAGUGUGGGAACCUGAAUUAAAAACAAUUAAAUAUAAAAAAAAAUUCAUGGAAGAGGUUAUCAUUCCCGAAUUGGCUGUUAGGUUCAUAAUGAAAGAUCUCAGGGUUAAUGAUUAUGAGACCGUUCUAAAAAUUAUGUGUGAGAGCAUUGAAUAUGGUAAUCAACAUUUUUUCGGAAACCGUAAUGACAAAUGUUUUUGGUGA